AUGUCAUCUAACAUCACGGAGUUUCACCCUGUUUCAUUUCUGCUAUUGGGAAUUCCAGGCUUGGAAGUUGCACAUGUCUGGCUUGGCUUUCCCUUCUGUGUUGUGUAUAUGGUAGCUCUUGUGGGAAAUGCCGUCAUUCUGUUUGUUAUCUGGACUGACCAUCGCCUUCACCAACCCAUGUUCUAUUUUCUGGCUAUGCUGUCAACGAUUGACCUGAGUCUUUCUACUGCUACCAUCCCCAAGAUGCUGGGAAUCUUCUGGUUCAACCUUCAGGAGUUGUGUUUUGGGUGCUGUGUCUCUCAAGUAUUUUUCAUCCACUUUUUUACCGUCAUGGAGAGCAUUGUGCUUCUUGCUAUGGGCUUUGAUCGCUACGUGGCUAUAUGCAAUCCCCUCAGGUAUAGCAUGAUCCUUACUAACAGAGUGAUCAGCAUGAUUGCUGUGGUGGUCGUCCUAAGAAGCCUGUGCAUGAUUGUCCCUAUUAUUUUUCUUCUCCUUAGACUGCCUUACUGUGGUCAUAGAAUCAUUCCUCAUACUUACUGUGAGCACAUGGGAGUAGCACGUUUGGCUUGUGCCAGCAUUAGUGUCAAUGUCUACUUCGGCCUUGGAAAUAUCUCCAUCUUGUUUCUGGAUGUCUUCCUUAUCAUCAUCUCCUAUGCCAGGAUCUUAUACACUGUCUUCCACCUCCCUUCCCAAGAUGCACGUCUGAAGGCUCUCAAUACCUGUAGCUCCCACAUCUGUGUCAUCUUCGCCUUUUUUGGACCAGCCCUCUUCUCCUUCCUCACGCAUCGCUUUGGUCAUGGCAUACCUCAAUACAUUCAUAUCCUUCUAGCUAACCUCUACGUCGUUGUCCCUCCUGCCCUCAACCCAGUAAUUUAUGGGAUCAGGACCAAGCAGAUCCAAGAGCAGGUACAGAGUCUUUUUGCUAAAAAAAUUUUAAAAAGGAAAGAAUGA